AUGGAACAAAAAAGGCUAUUUGAUGCAGCAUACACAGGUGAUGUUGCCACCCUUUUCCAGUUACUUGAAGAAAAUCUCAACCUCAUGUAUAGAUCCUAUUUAGAUUGUGAAGAUAAGAAUGUUCUUCACUUUAGUGCAAUGCUUGGCAACCUAGAAUUCGUGCAAGCGACUCUUCAUGUUUUUUCGUGCUCAUCUUUUUCUGAUAUGUGUUUCGCUAACGAUCGCUAUGGCAGGAAUCCUCUGCAUCUUGCUGCAAUUAAUAAAAGAUUGAACAUCUUACAUUUGGUAGAUGAUUAUGAUGUGAUGAAGCAAGCAGCUUUAGAGAAACCUCAAGGUGGAGGGACCAUUUUGCAUUUGAGUGUCAAACACAAUCAGCUAGAGGCGAUGAAACUACUAAUGCAGAUUUUUACUCAUCCAAAAUUCGUAGGUGCCAAAGACGAAGAUGGUAUGACCAUACUACAUUUGGCUUUGGAGAACAACCAAAAUCAGAGGGGAGAAAUCAUAAUGUACUUGAUAGAGAACGCGGCUGAAAUCAUCAACAUAAAGAAUGGGAAUGACAAAACUGCAGUGGAUCUCUUCCUGGAGCAGGCUAGAAUACCCCCUCGGGAUCUCAUUAUGGUCAGAAGGAAUAAAAGGCUCUUCCUGAAAUUGGAAAGCGAUGAAGUAAUUAAAGAUUGUUUCCUAAGGUCUAAAGCACAAUUUGGUGGUGAUGAUAUCUUUGAUACUGAAUAUCUGCACCAUUUGCUAAAUAGUAUUGAUAAGAGCAGAGAUGCAAUAAUGAUUGUGGCUUCCAUUAUCGCAACCAUGGCAUUUCAACUCAUGGCGAACCUUCCUGGAGGCGUUUGGCAAGACAACUUAUUAGAAGGUCCUGCUCCACACCAAGCUGGAGAAAGUGUGCUCGCAGUAACUCAACCAGUCGUCUACAGGCGGCUGAUUUGGGGUAACACAGUAGCUUUUGUGUCAUCUUUGACCAUAAUUAUGAUGAUGCUGGGUAACGGUAUGAGCAAUCGCAGCAGACUUCCCAUAAUCCGGCUCGUUAUCUUGUGUGCUGCCAUGGCCGUGUCAGUCGCAUCAAUUUCUUAUACUUAUGCCCUGUUGUCUGAGCCGCUAGUGCCAGAGCCAGCGAGAUGGGGUCAGAGUCCAAACCUGUUGGCUUUAAUCAUUGUCGCCAUUGUGAUGUGUAUUCCCAUGAUCUUGCCUACCUCUGGUGUUAGAACGUGUUAUACAUUCUUUUAG